AGUGAACGGAAGACAGGUCAUUGUUGAGAGAAUGGGGAAGCAUCCGGUGCAGAUGAGAGCAGUGGUGUACUCGCUGUCGCCGUUCCAGCAGAAGGUGAUGCCUGGGCUGUGGAGGGACUUCACCGGCAAGAUCCACCACAAGGUCUCCGAGAACUGGCUCAGCGCCACUCUCCUUCUUGCUCCUCUCGUCGCCACCUACACGUAUGUGCAGCAAUACCAAGAGAAGGAGAAGUUGGAACACAGGUACUGAAGAUGGGGGCCUUCGUUUGAGCGAACAAAUAUUGGAAUUUUCUUUUUAGCUGCAACUCUGUGCGCAAUGAAUGAUAGACUCUCGUCUCUUAUUGAAACUACACUGGUUGUAAUUUGGUUGUUUUGUAUUAAAAUGAGAUGACAUUUGCAGUGAAUUGCAGAAGGGUUUGAGUUUUAUUCUUCUGUAAACAAGUUUGUAAUUUGUUUGUCAGAUUCUUGAAGUUGAUAUACAAAUUCAAACUGCAUAAUAAAUUGAGAGUGCAGGCUCUGUUUCAUUCAUC